GGGGGCUCACGCCAGGGCAGGGGCGGAGCUGGGUGGGGCGGAGGAGGGCGGGGCCUAGUGGGUGGAGGCCUCCUCGCUGGCCCCGCCGUCCGCCCCCGCCCCCGUGGGAGCGGCUCACAGAACCCGGAGCUCGGAACUUCCCGUCCCCCGGAACGGGCUAUCGGAAAGGCGAGCGGUGCGCGUGGGAAAACCCGGCGUCCGGAUCGCGCAGUUGUCUUUGACGCGGAGGGCUGUGGGACGCAACCGCCACCGCCUCCAGAGCGCCGGGCGGAGAGGGAACGGAGACCGAACUGCCGCCGCUGCCCCCAUCCCCCACCCCCGCCCCCAGUCCUCCAGCUCCCGGAGCCUCCGUUUCCUCCCCUAACCCCCUCCCCCGGCCAUGGAGUGCCCUCACCUCAGCUCCAGCGUCUGCAUCGUCCCGGACUCGGCCAAGUUCCCCAACGGCUCCCCGUCGUCCUGGUGCUGCAGCGUGUGCCGGUCCAACAAAAGCCCCUGGGUCUGUUUGACUUGUUCAAGUGUUCAUUGUGGAAGGUAUGUGAAUGGUCAUGCAAAAAAACAUUAUGAAGAUGCACAAAUUCCCUUAACCAACCAUAAGAAAACAGAAAAGCAAGAAAAAGUUCAACACACAGUAUGCAUGGAUUGCAGUAGUUACAGUACAUACUGUUAUCGCUGUGAUGAUUUUGUGGUAAAUGAUACCAAGCUCGGAUUGGUACAGAAAGUCAGAGAACACUUACAAAACUUGGAAAAUUCAGCUUUUACAGCAGACAGACAUAGGAAAAGGAAACUUUUGGAAAACUCAUCUCUAAACAGCAAGUUGUUAAAAGUAAAUGGAAGUACCACUGCCCUCUGUGCUACAGGCCUUCGAAAUUUGGGGAACACGUGUUUUAUGAAUGCUAUUCUUCAGUCACUCAGUAAUAUUCAGCAGUUUUGCUGCUAUUUCAAAGAACUUCCAGCUGUGGAGUUACGGAAUGGGAAAACAGCAGGGAGGCGGACUUAUCACACCAGGAGCCAAGGGGAUAACAAUGUUUCCUUGGUAGAAGAGUUUAGAAAAACAUUGUGUGCUUUAUGGCAAGGCAGCCAGACUGCAUUUAGCCCAGAAUCCUUGUUUUAUGUUGUUUGGAAAAUCAUGCCAAAUUUUAGGGGUUAUCAGCAGCAGGAUGCCCAUGAAUUUAUGCGCUAUCUUUUGGACCAUUUACACUUGGAACUUCAAGGAGGCUUCAAUGGAGUUUCUCGAUCAGUAAUUUUGCAAGAGAAUUCUAGUCUUUCUGCAAGUAACAAAUGUUGCAUAAAUGGAGCAUCUACUGUUGUCACAGCUAUAUUCGGAGGCAUUCUUCAAAAUGAAGUUAACUGCUUAAUAUGUGGGACAGAAUCUAGAAAAUUUGAUCCAUUUCUUGACCUUUCAUUAGAUAUCCCCAGUCAGUUUAGAAACAAGCGAUCUAAGAACCAAGAAAAUGGGCCAUUGUGUUCACUCCGAGACUGUCUUCGUAGUUUUACAGACUUGGAAGAACUUGAUGAGACAGAACUGUAUAUGUGCCACAAAUGCAAAAAGAAACAGAAAUCCACCAAAAAAUUUUGGAUUCAGAAGUUACCAAAGGUGCUAUGCUUACACUUGAAAAGAUUUCAUUGGACAGCAUAUCUAAGAAACAAAGUUGAUACCUAUGUAGAAUUUCCUCUGAGAGGCCUAGAUAUGAAAUGCUACUUAUUAGAGCCUGAAAACAGUGGUCCAGAAAGCUGCCUCUAUGACCUGGCUGCAGUUGUUGUACAUCAUGGCUCAGGUGUUGGUUCUGGACAUUAUACAGCUUAUGCAACUCAUGAAGGCCGCUGGUUCCAUUUCAACGACAGCACCGUCACCCUGACUGAUGAGGAGACCGUGGUGAAGGCCAAGGCCUACAUCUUGUUCUACGUGGAGCGCCAGGCCCGUUCUGGCUCUGAGAAGCUCUGAUCUGCCCUCAGCAUUCUGCGUUAAGUCCCCCGGACAAAGCAUUUCCAAUUUUCCACAAAUACUUGAUCCAAGACUAUUAAUUUCAUUGUGCACUUUUCAGCUUCCUUUCGUGGGUUUCAUUUAGUUGUGUCAAUGGUAGCAUUUGACUUGGGCACAAACUAA